AUGCCGACCGAUCUGAGCGCCGAACAACGGAAAACGCUUGAAGAGGAAGUCAAAAUCCUCGGAGAUGAGAUUCGGAAACUGAAAGCCGAUAAGGCAGAAGAUGUUCUCGUAAGUUUAUUCAGUUCUUACUUUGUCUAAAAGUUACGAAUAAAAUGUACACGCUCUGUCUUCAUUUCCUCCUCAAAAAAAGCGUUUGCAAUCCGCAGUCACUUUCUCAAUUGUAAUUGUUUUUCUCAAUUACAUUUUCGGAUGAUUUCAGUAAAAUGAUUCGCACAAUAGCAAAUAGAUUGGCAUUUUCAUCAGUUUUACUGACGGAACAGACUGUGAAACCGCGGAUUGCAUAUGCUCAAAGAGCAGGAAGAAGGGUGCGGGAGCCAGUGAAAAUGUAGCAAACGUGAGCUGUUUCAGAUCCAAGAGCGACUGAAGAAAAUGAAAGAGAAGAAGGCUGCUCUCGGAAUAGAUGAGAAGCCGGGCAAGUUCGUGCUCAAGACGCCGAAAGGAACCCGCGACUACGGACCGGCUCAAAUGGCGGUCCGCGAGUCUGUGCUCCGAACUGUCACCGAUUCAUUCAAGAAGCACGGAGCAGAGACUAUUGACACGCCCGUCUUCGAGCUCCGUGACGUGCUCAUGGGAAAAUACGGAGAGGAAGGAGGCAAGCUCGUUUACGACUUGCAAGAUCAGGGCGGAGAGCUUCUCUCGAUGCGCUACGACCUGACAGUCCCAUUUGCCCGCUACUUGGCCAUGAACAAAGUGACCAACAUCAAGAGAUAUCACAUUGCGAAGGUCUACCGACGGGACCAACCCGUGAUGACUCGGGGACGUUAUCGUGAAUUCUAUCAGUGUGAUUUCGACAUUGCCGGGCAGUACGACCUGAUGCUUCCGGAAGCCGAGUGCUUAAAAAUUGUUGACGAGGUUCUGGGAGGUAUCGAUAUCGGAGAGUUUUACAUUAACGUAUGGAUCGUUUCUCAAUAUAUUCUGCUGAAUUAUUGUGUUUCAGUUGAACCACCGUUUGAUUCUCGAGGGAAUGUUCUCUGUGUCGGGAAUCCCAGCCAAGGCCUUCAAAACAAUUUGUUCGUCGGUUGACAAGCUUGACAAGACGCCAUGGGAAGAAGUCGAAGAUGAAAUGAUCAAAGAAAAGGGGCUGAACAAAGAGCAGACCACCAAAUUGGGAGAGUUCGUGAGAUUCAGAGGUGCGUUCUUUGCAGGUUUAAUUUCUCCUAUCAUUCACACAUCUCAGAGCUUAACGGCACGCUGAGCAACUUGGAAUUGCUCGAAAAAAUGGGACAACUACCUGAUCUCGGUCAAAAUGACAAGUUCAAGCAGGGAGCUGAAGAACUCAAAGUGCUCAUCGAGUACUGCGACAUCUACGGAGUUCAGUCGGUCCGAUACGAGCCAGCUCUCGCCAGAGGACUCGAUUAUUAUACUGGAGCCAUCUAUGAAGCUGUUGCUCCAAGUAUGCGAAGUUUAUCUUGAUUUUGUUCAUAUUAACUUUUUUCAGAAGCCUUGGAAGGAACCGAAGUUGAAAAGAGCGAGGAAGCCGCUGGUCAACCGGUCGGAGUGGGAUCUGUGGCUGCCGGAGGUCGGUACGAUGGACUUGUCGGAAUGUUCGCUGCCAAAACCAAAGUCCCUUGCGUCGGCGUUUCUUUUGGAAUUGAACGUCUGUUCGCCAUCAAGGAAGCUCGCCAGAAGGCUGCUGAUCAGGCCCUCCGAACUUCUGAGACUGAAGUCUUCGUGGCUUCGGCACAGAAAAAUCUGCUAAAGGAGCGUAUGAAGCUGGUGAAUACACUCUGGUCUGCAGGAAUCAAGGUUAAAAAUAGGCCUAUUUCAAAGUUAAUUGCUCGUUUUCAGACUGAAAUGGCGUACAAGGCGAAUCCGAAGGCGUUAACACAGUUCCAAUACGCCGAAGAGCGACGAAUUCCUCUCGUGAUAAUCAUUGGAGAACGCGAGUUACAGGAGGGAAUUGUCAAGCUGCGUAAUGUGGUGACCAGAGAAGAGAUGGUGAGUGGUUGCAGACAAGGAAGAAAAUCGAUAGAAUCUCACGUCGUCGUCGUUGUUCUCUUGCUCAUCUUGUCUUUUCAGGACGUCUCACUCGAUUCGCUGGUCACAGUCAUUCGGCAAACACUCGCUGCUCCGUAG